AUGAGGGAUUAUGAAGAAAUAAUUGAAAUUUUAGGAGAGUGGGGGCCUUUUCAAACACUAAUUUACAUCCUCCUGAGCCUCAGUGCUAUCCCCAGUGGAUAUGUGGCAUUUUCCAUGGUUUUCCUGGCAGACAUUCCUCCUCACCACUGCAGGCUUCCAUUCCUGAACAGUAGCUAUGGGGGACUGGGCUACAAUCUGUCCAUCCCGACUGAAGAAGUGAAAGGAGAGCUCAUCCUGAGUCGCUGCAGACGCUACAUGGAACAGGGGGACUCUGAUGCUGUGUUUGGCAAUGACACAGAGGGCUGUCUGGAUGGCUGGGUGUUCAGCAAUGAGAGAUACGUGUCCACCAUUGUAACUGAGUGGAACCUGGUGUGUGAUGACGCUUGGAUAGCUCCCUUUACCGUAACUGUGUUCUUCUUAGGAGGACUGGUAGGAUCAUUUUGUUCAGGCAUCAUAUCAGACAGGUAUGGCAGGAAGCUCACCUUCUUUUCCAGCAAGGCUUUGCUGACUGUGUUCAGCCUGGUCCUGACCGCCUCCAACAGCUGGGAAAUGUUCUGUGUGGUGUACUGUUUUGUGGGAAUGAUGGACUCUGCCAAUUACUGUACUGCCUUCAUUCUUGGUUCAGAGCUCCUCAGUAAGUCCGCCCGCAUGAGCUUUGGAAUUCUGGGAGUCUGUUCAUGCUUUGCCAUGGGCUAUACUAGUCUGCCACUAUUUGCAUAUUUCAUCCGGAGCUGGAGGACUCUACAGUUAGUACUGUCUCUCCUGGGAUUUCUUUAUAUUCCCCUGUGGUGGUAUAUACCAGAGUCUCCUCGCUGGCUCAUCACGCAGGGCCGGUUUCUGGAGGCUGAGGCCAUCAUUCGAGCUGCAGCCAUAAAGAAUGGCAUCACUCCACCAGACGACAUCUUUCAGCUGGAGCACAGCGCUGAGGAAAAGAUGAUUCUGGAGAAUCCGAAUAAGUAUACUUGGCUGGAUCUCCUGAAAACCAAAAAUAUAAGGAACAUCACAGUUCUCAACAUCAUCAUUUGGAUAUCCAUAAACAUAGCAUACUAUGGACUGUCCUUUAACACCUCCAAUCUGGAUGGAGAUCCUUAUCUCAACUGCCUCAUCGCUGCCAGCACUGAGUUCGUUGCCUACAUCUUUGUGUGGUUCACCACCCGCUACGCUCCUCGGCGCUUCACGCUGCCAUUCACUCUUCUUCUUGGUGGGGUUUUGCUGCUGCUAAUCGAGUUAGUCCCUCAAGAGCUCAAUGCCUUGACUGUCGCCUUGGCGAUGACAGGAAAACUGGUUGUGUCUGGGGCCUUUUCUUUUGUUUAUUUCUACUCCAUGGAGCUCUUCCCUACUGUUGUUCGUAACAUGGGAUUGGGUGUCACCUCCAUGGCCGGCAGAAUCGGCAGCAUACUUUCCCCAUACAUAGCCUACAUUGGGACAUAUAACAGUGUACUGCCCUAUAUUGUAAUGGGUGCCAUCUCCAUACUCUCUGGUGUCUUAAGCCUGCUGUUACCAGAAACAAAAGGCGAAGAACUUCCAGAAUACAUCAGCCAAGUGAAACCUCUCCAGUGGUGGGUAGCUGAGUUCUAUUAGAAUCAGAAUCAGAAUCAGAAUCAGAAUUAUUUUAUUGGCCAAGUAUAUUCUUACAUACAGGAAAUUGAUGUAGCUAUCGCUAUUGCUGUAAAUUUGAUUGUGGUACAUUUGGGAUUUUGACAGAUUUUUCUCCUUGUACUUGGGCUCUAUAGGUUUUGUAGGGAAAAGAAACCAGAAGGGAAGAACACACACGAAGAAAACACUUCUCCAGGCAGCAGAGCUGAGGUGGAACUG